GCAGCGAUGGCACACAAGAACGUGAGCUAUUACCGGGAGCAGUACAAGGAGAGGCUCCUGCCCCUGCUCAGGGAGCUCCGGGCAACAGAGGAGGACUCCACGAACUCGUUCAUCUGCGUCCUGAAGAAGAUGAAAGAAGUGCGACUGAUGGAGAAGGUUGUGGAAGAGACAGAGGAGGCCUUCACAGAGAGGAUGGAGGCCCUUGCUGAGCAGUGGAGGGACCUGCAUGCCAGGAGGGCCCAGCUGAAAGCCCACGUGGUAACAUCUGGAACAACUGUAAAGGAGAACGAAAGGCUGCGAACCCAAGCUCUGAAGAAAGCCAAAGAAGAGAAAGAGGAGAAUACAAAAAAGGAGAGUGAGCUCUUGAGGGCAAGGAAGGAACUGGAAGCCCUCAGAAAACAGCACCAGAAACUCUCCAAAAAAUUGCUGAAGUACUCCUUGUUCAAGAGGUACCUGGAGAAUGUGGUGGAGAAUUCACAGUUCCAGGACAUCGAGGAUGUCAUUUCCUACUACAAGGCCCUGGUGAGGACACGCAAGGACCUGCUGCAGUCCCAGUGGUGGCACCGGCAGCUGAUGGAGCAGGCCAAGGUCCUGCAGCAGCAGAUCAGGGCAGAGAAGGAAGCUGAGAUGCUUCAGUGCAAGAAUGACCUGGUGCAGCUCAAAGAAUCUUUGGACCAGGCUCAAAGCGACAUCCACCAGUGGGAGGAUCGCUGGGCCGAGGCCCAGGACAGCGCUGCCAGGAAGGCCACGGAGCUGAAGUCUCUCAGCAUGGCCGUCCAGAGCCUCUUCCAGGCCGCCAGCACUCGGCUCCAGCCAAAGGACAAGGUGGCAGCUGGGGACAGCCACAGGCAGCUGGACAUGGUACAGCCAGGGCAGAGCCUGCUCCCUGCUAGGAAAAGCAGCAGGAAUGGCUCUCCCAAGAUCCAGCAGUUCAUCUACGACCUCCAGGACUUCACGGAGGACAUGAAGGAGCGCAGCCAACCUCUGUGA